AUGUUCUUACAGAAACUUAUCAACUCCUUUUCUCUUCUUUGGUUUCCAUUGCUACUGAUCCUGCUGAGCACUGCCUCAGUUAAUGGUGUCCGGCAAAAGAACUUUUAUAUUGUUUUCCUUGGAGUUCAUCCUGUGAGUAGUGACAUUGCUUUAGAGACUCACUUGAAUAUUCUCUCAGUUGUUAAAGGAAGCCACCUUGAAGCCAAAGAAUCCAUUGCAUACAGCUACACCAAAAGCUUUAAUGCAUUUGCUGCUAAACUGUCUGAGGAUGAAGCCAAGAAGUUAUCUGCCAUGGAUGAGGUACUUUCGGUUUUUCCAAAUCAGUACCGUAAGCUACACACAACAAGAUCAUGGGACUUUAUUGGGUUACCUUUGACUGCUAAGAGAAAACUGAAAUCAGAGAGUGACACAAUUGUGGCUCUUUUGGAUACAGGGAUCACUCCUGAAUUUCAAAGCUUCAAGGACGAUGGAUUUGGUCCUCCACCUGCUAAAUGGAAAGGAACCUGCGAUCACUAUGCUAAUUUUUCAGGCUGCAAUAACAAGAUCAUAGGAGCCAAAUACUUCAAGAUUGAUGGAAGGACUGAUCCAUCUGACAUAUUAUCUCCCAUAGAUGUGGAUGGCCAUGGCACUCAUACUGCAUCAACGGCUGUAGGAAAUCUUGUCCCAAAUGCAAGUCUCUUUGGGGUAGCUAAAGGGACUGCUCGUGGGGCAGUGCCAUCAGCAAGGUUGGCAAUUUACAAAGUUUGCUGGUCAAGCCAUGGAUGUUCGGACAUGGAUAUACUUGCUGCAUUUGAAGCUGCUAUGCAUGAUGGGGUUGAUGUCAUAUCCAUUUCCAUAGGUGGAGGGAAUGAAAAUUAUGUGGAGGACUCUAUAGCAAUUGGAGCAUUCCAUGCCAUGAGGAAAGGCAUAAUCACUGUGGCCUCAGCUGGAAAUGAUGGUCCCACUAUGGCAACAGUCACAAAUAAUGCACCAUGGAUUGUAACAGUAGCAGCUAGUGGCAUUGAUAGGGAUUUCCAGAGCACUAUAGAGUUGGGGAGUGGGAAAAAUGUUUCAGGCACGGGAGUGAACACCUUCAACACAAAACAAAAACAGUACCCCCUUGUUGAUGGUGUCAAUGCAGCCCGAAACACUACAAGCAAGGAAGAUGCGAAAUUCUGCUUUGAAGACUCCUUAGAGCCAAAUAAGGUGAAAGGAAAGCUUGUUUACUGUAGAUUAAGAAUAUAUGGCACUGAUUCUGUUGUGAAAGCAAUUGGAGGCAUUGGUACUAUAAUGGAAAAUGAACAAUUUCUCGAUGUUGCCCAAAUUUUCAUGGCUCCUGCCACCAUUGUGAAUAGUAGCAUUGGUCAAAUUAUUACCAAUUAUACACAAUCCACAAGAUCACCAUCAGCAGUGAUACACAAGAGCCAUGAAGUAAAACGGCCAGCUCCAUUUGUUGCUUCAUUUUCAUCUAGGGGUCCAAAUCUAGGAUCUUUACAUGUUCUCAAGCCUGAUGUUACAGCUCCUGGCAUUAACGUCUUGGCAUCUUAUACACUUAGGAAGUCAAUUACUGGUUUGAAAGGGGAUACUCAAUUUUCAGAGUUUACACUAUUGUCUGGGACUUCUAUGUCAUGCCCUCAUGUUUCUGGAGUAGCAGCAUAUGUGAAGUCAUUUCACCCAGAUUGGACUCCUGCUGCAAUCAGAUCUGCCAUUAUUACCACAGCUAAACCUAUGAGCCAAAGAGUUAACCAGGAAGCAGAAUUUGCCUAUGGUGCUGGUCAAGUCAAUCCAACAAGAACUGUGAACCCUGGUUUAGUCUAUGACAUGGAUGACUUUGCAUAUAUCCAAUUCUUAUGCCAUGAGGGCUAUAAUGGUUCCACUUUAUCAGUUUUAAUUGGCUCUCCUAUAAAUUGCACCUCUUUGCUUCCUGGUCUUGGCCAUGAUGCUAUCAACUAUCCCAGCAUGCAACUAAGCAUGAAAAGCAACAUAGUCACAACAGUUGGAGUUUUCAGGAGAAGAGUAACCAAUGUAGGUCCUGCUCCAACCAUCUACAAUGCCACCAUAAAAUCCCCUAAAGGAGUCGAAAUCACAGUGAAGCCUACUAGCCUCAUUUUCUCUCACACCAAGCAGAAGAGGAGCUUCAAGGUAGUGGUGAAAGCAAAACCUAUGGCAAGUAUGCAAAUUGUAUCAGGUUCACUUAUUUGGAGAAGCUCCCAUUACAUUGUUAGGAGCCCAAUUGUUAUCUACAGUCCAUAA